AUUACACCAGGCCUGCGAGCAUGAAGAAUGUUAUCUCGUCACUCUGAAAGGUUUGCUUUAGACAAUACUGCCGGCCGCUAUUGAGCAGGCUAUGGCGUGUUGCACUGCCGGGUUGACAGGGAACAUGUUACAGCGGAUGCAGGCUUUCGUUGCGCAGCCUCACAGGUCGAGUCAUGGAGACCCAGGGCGAGACGCUCAGGCAUCACAGAGCAAACAUCGCGGCCUAGCUAUUCAUCUCUCCUCAGCUUCCUUCCCCUAACCACAUACGGGUGCAGCCCUAUUUGAUAGUACCAGCGUCCGCAUCUCUGCGCUAUUAACGAUACCUCACAGUUCGUUCAUACUGAUAACCUGCAGAACUAGGGCAUGAACCUCUCCCCACGUAUUCGACAGACAUCUUACUAUGCCAAACCCUCCCGUUCUACGAGCGCGUACCUCUACUCGAUCUACCCGCUCCGCGGUCAGGAAGCCAAACUUGUCUCGCAAAAAGGGUCCAUCUUUGGAAGAAUGGGAUCGUGUCAGACCAUUCAUUCAUCGAUACUACAUCGAAGAGGGGAAGAAACUGAAGGACAUACUCGUCCUUUUGUCUAAGGAACAUGAGCUUGAGGCGGCUGAUCACAUGUUGAAAGAGAGACUCAAGCAGUGGGGAUACAAAAAGAACUUUACGAAAAAGGAGCAUAAAGCUGCUGCCGAAGAAGCAAAACGCUGUGCAGACUCGGGUCUUACGCUGCCCACCUGCAUGGAAAUAGACGGUCGUCCGUAUGCGUGGGAUCGUGUUUACCGUCAUUUUGGUUCUGAUCCUCAGUACAAGUGCUCCUGGCUGCAGAGCGACGUGGGAUGGAAAGCGAUUUUGUCAAAGAUUUGCCUGAAAACAUCUCCUCCCGAUCACAAGAUAGAGCUUGUGUUAGGUGAAGUCAAAAAUCAUUGGUAUACCACGCUUGAAAGAGCCGAAACGCUUUCCUCGGUGAGAGCAAAACGUAAGGCGACGACGCGCGCAGAAACGGAUCCCAGAGAGAUCACACUCGGGUUCCUCACGUCCUUACAACUCUUGCGGGAAGGCCACGAGGCACUCGGCCGACGAGAGAUGAACAACUUGUGCCUCGAUCUGGAGAUAGCCCUCGAACAGAGGGAGCCAGAUCUGUUGAAGGAAAUCAUUAACAUAUUCACUGCGAAGGCUUGGGUCAGACAGCCCGACAUAUUUGUCAAAGUCGCCAAAUACGUUCGUAAUUUGUCUGCCAAUUCCCCGUCGCUCGGGCCAUGCCAUCCGUUCACAACAAUAUUGGAUGUCUUUGCGUAUCUCGGGCAGCACAUGGAGCUCCUCGAUACAUUUGCGGAGCUUGCGCUCAAAGUCAUGAUGGAUUUGGCAGAAGCAGGCGGGGAUCGAGUGAAGCUCGACCGCGAUUAUAUCUGCGCCGUGGAGACAAACUACAUCUCCAGGGUUCAGGCCAGGCUUGAGUGGCGGGACGCGAAAGACCUGCUCGAGAGGAAGUUUACGCACUACAGACGGACCCUCGGCGAGCACAAUCAUUACACGUUAUCCAUGCAGGCGGCGCUGGGCAGACUGUACUUGGACGACGCCGCGCGAGCACGCAAGGCGAGGGAGAAGCAAAAUGAAGGCAUGUCGCAGCGCGAAGCCGAGGACAUUUUUGUCAAGCUCGUGAAGAUGGGCGAGAAGAAUCCCCACGACUGUUCACGGAACGGGAUCUAUAUCAGCUCGGCGGCGGCCCUGGGGGAAUUGCACUUUGCGAGACAAGAGUUUGAGAAAGCGCAAGACUAUUACUGCAAGGCCCUGGUCUGGGCGGCCGACAAGUUCGGCCGUUCACACCCCUAUAUUUCGGUUCUGCUGAAGGAAUUCAGAGCGCUUCAGAAACUGGGGGAGCUCGGUCUGGUCGAGGUCAAGAUGGAAGAGAAAGAGGAUGCUCAAGGAGCGAAAGGCAGCCCGCUACAAGAUUGUCCGGAUGUGGAGGCUUGUGGGGGAGCGCCCGAAGGGCAAGUUGACAUCGACUACAGUCACGAGUCUUUCGCCAUGUUUGGGGAGGAGACUUUGUCCCCGCUGGCACCGGAUUGGCUUCCCGCUUUGACGAAUGAAGCGGCGCAGGACGUGGACGAUGGCAACGGGGCGUUUCCCUCCGAGUUCUUGGACUCUUACAUGGACACAGAUUCUCAAGAGCCCUGGCGUGAAAACGUGCAGGAAGAUCACGCCCCUAGUGCAUGGGAUUUCAAUGCCGUGGCGACUGAUGUUCCGCAAAGCCUCGAUGCUGAGCCAGUGUAUGACGGACAUGUCGCUGUUGCUCCACAGAAUCUAUUGGCCUUCCUUCAGGAUGACCUGCCUGAGUUCAACUUUGACAUGGACGACAUGAAUCAGCUUCUGGCCUUGCAGUAGAGCCAGUGUAUGUCCUUGGCCUUGAUGAUGGUUACGGGUUGAAUGAAAGCUUUCACCCAAAGAAGUAAUGUUGGAUUGUCGAAUUUGGCUUUCGGGACGAGGCUACGUCCCCUUCCUGCCGCUGAGCACCCGGACCCUGAAAGUGGAUUCUCGCCGCUUGGAUUUCGUCUCGGCUACCACUUCAAGAUAGUCUGUGCGGCAGCCAAUUACAGGGACGACCGUGUUGCUUGAAUGGGAAGGUCGUGGACUAUAUAGUCACUUUACAGUUUGCUGUGAUGGCAUGUAAGGACUUAGCCAGACCGCGCAGCUUCGAAACCGACCCACACAAGAAACCCGAACAGCACCGUUUCAAUUCCCUUUCGAAUUGAGGAUAUUUGGACGGUCCUAUUCCAUUCUGUAGCUCUAUCUUGACAUUGUACCUUGUGUCACCAAGAAAAGAAUCGAGAUCAGCGACAGAGG